AUUGAAUGUUUUUGUCUCCAUUUCCUUUGUCGUCAAAGUUGUACACAGGAAAAAUUUCGUUAAUUUGGGAGUUCAUAUUUAAAUACGAAUUGUUCUUUUCCCUAUUUUUGCCUGGCUCUCUGGUGAAGAUUGAAUGAAAUAAAUCUGUUCAUAUAUACCCUUUAUAUUAAUUUAAACAUCUAUUCAAGCAUUUAUACUGUAAUAUCUAUUUCUACCAUUACUAUGCCUUCAUCAACAUUGCCACCGACUUGCUGGGCCUUAAAAGACUAUAAUUCUCUGCGAAUAGCAGUCGUCGAAUCCUCCAUAGAAAUAUCUAGACAUGAUGCAUGCACUGUCUUUCACAUUAUAUUGGAAAACGAAACACAUCACUUUUCUUUGAUCCGAUAUAUUCAGGAUUUUCAUGAAUUAGAUAAUUUAAUAUACCAGCAUUUUCCCAAACACCAUAUUCCUUUACCAAAACUUUAUAGUUACGGCUAUAAUAGCAACAGCCUCAAAACGUCAUCAUCAUCGUCAUCAUCACGAACAUCUUCAUCUAUUCUGUCCUCACUUUUCUUUAAGAAAUCCAAAAAGAAAACCAAACUUAUCAGCAACAAAAAGAAAAAGUCAAACUCAGUAUUACUACAGAACUACCUAUCACAAUCACUUCGUCGCAAUAUCGGUAAAUCAUCCAUUUUCCGUGACUUUUUGUCUGCUCAAAGAGAUGAAGAUACUGUUAUUUCAAAGUUAUCUGUACGUCAACUUGUUGCACAGCAUCAGCCUACUUUGGCCACCACUGCUAGUACUGUUACCAACGCUGUUAUUAACGCUGUGAUCGAAGAGCACCAGGAGCCAGAAAUUGCAACUCCACCUUCGACUAUCUGUUCCAAUCGAUCCAUUGCCGAUGUAAGGAAUCUAUAUAUCAAUCAUCAAGCAACUAGAACUAUAUCCCUUGAUCAACACUGUAACGAUAUUUCAGAGGCGUUCAGUCAAAAUGCUGAUGACAUUAGCAUCCGCUAUGAUAGUGGAUUAUCAGCUUCAUGCUCAUCCUCCAAAUACUCGAAGGAGACAACAGAAGUCAAGGAAGAGGAAAUGGAGUUCAUUGAACAGAUAGAAAAUCUUCCAGUUUCCAAUGAAUUAUCAAAUCCUCAUACGAUCAAGGAUUAUCAACUCAUUCAAGUUCUAGGUAAAGGCGCUACUGGGAAAGUUAUCUUGGUGAAGCAUCAUAAAACGCAGCGUCUAUUUGCUCUCAAAGCCAUCACAAAAGCCUGGAGUAUCACAAAGCGAGAAGUUGAGCACGUUCGAACAGAACGUAAUAUUUUAGCUUCAUUAGCCUCCAUUCGUCAUCCAUUCUUAAUUCGGUUAUUUAGUGCUUUUCAAGACCAACAAAAUCUAUAUUUGGUGCUUGACUACCAUGCCGGAGCUGAUUUGGCGACUUUACUACAAAGAUAUAUAUGCUUUCCACCUGAACAAUGUAGGCUAUACGCAGCAGAGAUUGUUACCGGAUUACAAGAAUUGCACCGACACUGUAUUCUUUAUAGGGAUCUUAAACCGGAAAAUGUACUACUAGCCAAAGAUGGUCAUAUUGUCUUGACGGAUUUCGGAUUGUCCAAAAUGUUCUCGCCUGCUCCCACUGAUGCAUCUUUCUGUCCGCGAUAUGAUCACCGUACAACCACUUUCUGUGGAACACCUGAAUAUUUAGCGCCCGAAAUCAUCUUACAACAAGAAGGUGAAGAAGGUUAUUCUUAUGCCGCGGAUUUUUGGAGCUUGGGCACUAUGCUUUAUGAAAUGCUCUUAGGAACGACCCCCUUCGCAGCAGACACGCCUGAAGAAAUGUACGAUCGCGUUUUAUACGAUGAUUUGACGUUUCCUCGAGGGUUUAAGGAUGUUGAGGCUAUGGAUUUGAUCGCAGGUUUGUUGGAAAGAAAUCCUGUGCAACGGUUGGGAGCGGGUCUUUCAAAUGAUAGGAAAGAUGGUGUUUUUGAACUAAGAACACAUCCUUAUUUUGCAAACCAUUUGGAUUGGAAAGAAGUUUACGCAAAAAGGAUUCAACCCAUCUAUGUCCCAUCUCAAACACAUGAGUUAGAUUUCAGCCAUUUUGAUCAGGAAUUCUUGGAUAUGUCUACGCAAAUUAUUGAUGAUGAAGAUAACAAUGCACAUCAACGAAAUUUUUAUUGGUUACCUGAUAGCUCAGCUAAAUUGUUUGAAGAAUCGUUCCAAGGCUAUUCCUAUAUAUGUCCUGAUCAGGCUUCCGUUUUAUCGUUCAAAUCAGAAGUAUCCUACUUUAGUGAGGACUAUCAAUUGAAAUAUGAUCCUCAACCCGAAGGCCAAGAGGAAUUUGUAGAAUAUGACAGCAAUUUAGUAGAUGAGGAGGAAGAGGAGCAAUACUUUAGAAAGAAUAAUAUCAUCAACUGCUAUCACGGUAGGGAAACACGUUUCUCUUCCGCCUUGUCCUCUUCUUCCUUCAUGGGAAAAGACUUUUAUUACUACUCCUAUACUCAAAAUCGCCAUAUUAAACAGUACAACAGCAACAGUUCAACCCCUUUUAAUUCAGUCCAUGUUUCAUCUGCCUCCACAACUACCACUGCAAGUAUCGACUCAACAUCUUCAGCCGUUACAAAUCAUAAAAAUGAUAUAUUUCAAAAUAACAAAACCCUUCGUCAUCAACGCUCCAUGAUCCUCAACCCUUCUAACUUCAGUUAUAUGCAUCACCAAAAUAAUAUCAUUCAGAACUCACUUGUCUCAUCUGACGAACCAUUUGCAUGGAGGUCGUAAAGGUUCAGCAUUUAUUCUUCGAACAAUCUUACAAAACUCUGGAAAAAGUACAUAUACCUUCACUAUUUCUAUACGAAUUAUUCAUUCUACAUGUAACUUUUAUUAUACCAUGUCAUUCAUAUGCUAAAAAAAUCAGAAACUGUAUGAAGCAUUUUAUAACUUGCCUGCUUUUGCCUACUUUAACUUUCUCUGAGACCUCGAAAAUAAAGAAAUGAUUCGAUU